UAACCAACCCCCUCCUCACAUAGACUAAAACAAAACGUGUCAGACUUAAUAAGCCAAUCAGUCUCACCACCACCGGUCAACAACACCCCAGAGGCCCACCUUGACCACCACCACCACCACAAAACAACAACAACAACAUCGACAACACCAUCAAUCAGAAAAUAGAAAGUUAACAAAACAUGAAUAUCUUUCGAUUGAUCGGUGAUCUAUCCCAUCUGGCCUCGAUCUUCAUCCUCAUUCAAAAGAUCAUCAAAUCUAGAUCAGCCAGAGGAAUCAGCUUCAAGACUCAAGUACUCUACGUGGUGGUAUUCUUGACGAGAUAUGUUGACCUUGUCACCGGUCCUUUCAUCUCUAUCUACAAUACGGCGAUGAAACUGUUCUUCAUUGCAUCCUCAGCUUACAUAGUUUACCUGAUGCAUUUCAAGUAUAAACCAACUCAAGACCCGGCAAUCGACACAUUCAAAGUAGAAUACCUACUAGGACCAUGCGCAUUAUUAGCAUUAGUAUUCAACUAUAAAUUUACGGUAGUCGAAGUACUUUGGGCAUUCAGUAUCUACUUGGAAGCAGUCGCCGUUUUCCCCCAAUUGUUCAUGCUCCACAGGACUGGUGAAGCCGAGACGAUCACUACACAUUACCUAUUUGCCCUUGGCCUCUACCGAGCAAUGUAUAUCCCCAACUGGAUCCUCAGGUACACAACCGAAAACACCCUUGAUCCGAUUGCGAUUUUUGCCGGAAUCGUUCAAACUGGACUUUAUGCAGACUUUUUCUACAUUUACUUCACAAGAGUAAUGAGGGGUCAGAAAUUUGAAUUACCAGCAUAAAUUUUAGAAAAAAACCAAAAUGAUGAUGGUGAUGAUGAUAAUCAACAGAAAUACAGGAUCAUUCUCAAUCACAUCCUACUACCUACUUUCUUGUUACCCUGUUUUUCUCUUUCUUUCUUUCCUUCUUCCUUUUUCUUCGUUUUCCAAUUUUCCUUCAACCAAGAAACAAACAAAAAAAGUAACAAGCAUAACCAAUAUAAAACACAUUGAGUCAUUGCUUGAUCAAGAUCAAUCUCAUCUUGGAUUCACAGCUAGGAUGACCACAGAUUUUUAAUUAACUACAGAAACCAAAACAUCCCUUCCCAUUUAUAUGUAUGUUUAUAAUUGGUAUAUCACUUUGAGAGUCCAGAAGAGGUUGUCAGUUUCCUGGAGUAUUUUGUUGCCCUCUGUUAAGAUUUCUGUUUGAGCUAUUGAUAUAUUUCUACUUUGCUGUCUGAGCAUUGGUUUUCUCCUUUUUGUUUUGUUUUGCUUCUGUUCUUUGUUAAAUUGCUUUAUAAAAGAAGAUGAAAAGAUGCUUGGAUUGUGCUUACUACUUGGAAGCUUAUCUCCUCAAGUAAAUCUUUCAGUUCCCAUCUUGGAUUUUGGUUUCUGUCCUACUCUUGCAGACAACUGAUUUCUGAGGUUCAGUUUCCUUUUUU